GAACCGUUAAAGACGUUCAGCCUAAUGAUAGUAAAUUAGGCCUGGGCUUUACGUGGAUAAGGAAGUUCACUCCAGAGUGAAGCAUAUGGCAUUGUUCCUCUGGCUGCAAUUAUAGAGAGAGUGCGUUAUUUUAUACCAAGAAACUUUCUUUGCGGGGCCAGACAGGUGGAGCCACUCAGACUAUGGCAGCCGGUCACAGUGGAAGGUUUAAAGGAGGAUGGCUGUGGAGCGCUUUACUGAACUCCUACACAGGCUGAAGGAGGUCCAUGAGCAGGAGGUGGAAGGAUGGCAGGAGAAGGUGCUGGAACUGACCAAUAAGAAGAACUGUGAUGCAAAGAGACUGGAGGAGCUGUACAACCGGAACCAGCAACUGAGGGAGCAACAGAAAGUUCUUACAGAAAACAUUAAACAGUUGGAGAACAUGUUGAGAGCAGGGCUGUGUGACAGGUGUAGGGUCACCCAGGAGAUUGCUACGAAAAGACAGCAGGACUAUGAGAGCUCCCAGCUCCAGAGUCUGCAACACAUCUCUAUACUAAUGGCGGAAAUCAGCGCCCUGAUGAAGGACAACAGCAGGCUGAGAGGAGAGCUGAAGAGCUUGGGUCCACCGAUGGAGCAACGGAAUGGGGAAUCUGAGGAAGCAGGAACCCCAGAGGUCAAGCACUCACCUGACCCUGCCAGUUCCACAUUUAACCUGAUAACAUCUGUGCUCAAGCCUGAACAACCACUACCAGGGGGCGCCUUUGCGCCAACGGCCACUGUGAAGAGUGAGGCUGAACGCAAUCACUGUACAGAACCUCUAGCUGAGAGAGAGGAAAUAUCAGGAUCAGACCACAAACAGUUACAAGACUGGAGUGGAACACACCCUUUUGAGUCGAACAAGGGGUCAACAUUUACUGCUAGUGCGGUGAGCCUCCAAGUGUGGAGGGAUAAGAGAGCGGAUAGUGCGGACUCUUUGCUGCCACAGCUUUCCCCCACCUCCCAAUCCCACCCCCACCACCUCCGUCUCCUGAAGAACAUCCCCUUUCUCUGCCCCGGUUCCUCUGAGGAGCGUCACACACUGAUAUCCGGCCCCUUACGACCCCAUCCGAUCAAGACGGCCCCUCCCAUCCUCCGCUGGCCCCUCCCUGAACACUCUGAUUUUGUAACAGUGGGGACGGGUGACCGCAGGGGUGGAGAUAGUGAUGGCGGCAGUGGCAUCGUGGUCCAGCCGAACCUGAACCAAGACUCCGCCAUGCUACGUUUCCCCAGCCUGCUUUCAUCGGCCGGUGGCUUUGAGUCUCACCGGCAUGUGCGGGCACUCAGCCAUCUGCGGCCCUUGUGGGCACUGCCUAUCGGCACAGGUCAGAAGAGCCUCUCUGAGCUGGUGGACGGGAAAGACGGAAGUAAACCGGCACCCAUUAUAGCACCACCCUGCUGGAAGAGCUCUGCAGUGCAGACUAAGCAGAUUUUUGAAGACGGUGUAAGAGACCGGGAUGAAGAGGACUUCCCUCUGGACCUGUCCAACGCCACAGGCUCCAAAGCCAAAGAAGCAGAGGUGGCGCAGUGUCAGUGCCGGAGCGAGAUGGCUUCGACGUCAUCUUCGUCACCUGAUGCUCCUCUCUCCUCGCCAUGUUCGGCUCAGUAUUGCUCCAGCCCACAGAGCGACCUGCAGACAGGAGAUUCUAAACCACAGAUGGAGAAGACUAGGGAAAAGCCAAAAGAAGAGCAUGAUGAGCAAAAAGAGAAGAACGAGAAUGUAGAUUUCCCUGGGAACCAGAAGGCCCCCACUCUGACUAUUUCACUUCGCCCAGUUGUGAUCCUAGAGUCACUAAAAACUAGACAGCAGAUGGAACCAGACGCCGAGCAAGGUGGUGGCCCCCAAGAGCGGCAAGAGGAAGACUACGGGGCCCGCAGCACGAGGAAGAGGGCUACCCAAGCCAAUGAAGGUCUUCCACAACAUCCACACAAAGAGAAGAGAAUAAGGGUGACAGUCAUUCCCCAGGGAUCCAACCAAGAUGAUCCAGAGCAGGGCUGAAUCAAGGCGCCCAAUGGAGCACAUCACUCACAGUGGACCUCCUACCUAGUUGCCUGCUGUCUCCUCAUUCAUCAAAAUCUGAGAUUCUUCUAUAUUCCUGUGUAAAACAAUAGGUCAACCCUUUGCCUAGAAACCUAAAAGUGACAUGCAGGGCCCACACCACACAGGAAAGAAACAAACGACAUCUAAUCUUAGCACUUAAGACUUUCUGAAGGUAACAGUUGUAUGUUUCAGUCUAACACGGCCUGGCAACCAGGUUCCUCUUCCAUGCAGUGCUUGAUGUCUGGCCCAUACUUUUUCCCAGUUUCCCUGCUCUCUUUGGCUGGACCAAACAGGAAGUGAAUUACCAGCAGGAAGUCCUUCCUGUCCUGAGGCUCUAACUAAACAACAUAUAACUGGAUAUGGUUUCCGCUAGCCUUCUGUCUGUCUCUCUCCCUCUCUGCUUCUGUCUCUCUGUUCCUCCUAUUACAUGACUGUUGAUUCUACUGCAGCUCGUUCCAUCUCCUUACGAAUCAGUUUCCACCAUUUCCACUUCUGACCUGUGUUUUUGAAUCACUUUCAUAGUUGUAGUUACUGUUGGCGCUCCAGGCUAUUUCUGCCCAAGUCAAUUUUAAGGUCUUCACAUUGUAAAUGUUGUAAAAAUGGAGCCCCUCCCCUUCCCCUUUCUGGUUAUUGAGAACCAAACUCGGCGCACAUUUUGUAAGAGUGAAUUUUCCACUUGUGCUGGCUUGUAGGCAUUUUAAAAUCAGUAAGAUAGCGGGCGAAUAAAUAACUCCUUUAGCUUAUAUCGCACACUGCCGUCCUUCCAAUGUCAUCUGAACCGAAUCACUGCAAACUCAUUGAGAGAAUUAUUUCAUAGACCCUUCCAUCUGACACACCAGGAAGAGGGGCUACAUGCGCAGCUUUUGCAAGCACUUUUAGAGCAGACUCUGAAAGGCUUGACGGCAUGUAUAUAUAGGAAAAGAAACGCCAUCCUUUUUUCCAACGUAUACUGAAAUAAAGCAGUGUGCAUGA